GAAAGACUGCCAUCCUGUUAUCGAAGGGAGAUUUAAUCACGCUUUACAGGUUCUACUCUCCUUUCCAAGCCUUGCAACAAGAAUAGGUUCAUUUCACUCCCACCACUAUGGACGAGUCCGAAACCGCAAUACUUUGUUCAAGCAAGCAGACAAGAUUUGAUAUAAAAACCCCAGUAUAUCAACAAGUAAUCAACCUAUGGUUGAAAAAGAUUCCAUCAAUCUGACAAUAACACAGCUUGAUAUCGAGGGCCUAAAUAUCACCGUGACGUCAGCCCCUGCAAACACUGCAACAAAACCCAAAGGCAAAGCGAGAGCCGAGGGACUGGAGAUCUUGUCAAACGCAAGUCUUAAACUCAAGGCCGGGGUACACUAUGCUUUAAUCGGUCGGAAUGGGACCGGAAAAUCAAGUACGUGAUAUCGUGAAUGUGUUGGAGAGUGUAAAAUUAACUCUUAGAUACUAGCAUUACUCAAAGCUGUGGCUCAGAAGUUGAUUCCAGGCAUCCCUAUAAGAACAAGAAUAUCCAUCCUUCAGCAAACAGAUUCAGAUAAGGUAUCAUCAUGUGACACUGUCGAAGGCCCAUCAGGAGCUCUGUCAUCGAAGCCUCAACUCUCUGUCCUGGAAGAAGUAAUUGAGAAGGCUACUUCAAGGAAUGAUAUUCAACAAGAAAUUGAUGGUAGGCAUCAUUCCUUUCUCUUCUUAAGAACAUCGUUUAAUACUAAUCACUUCCCAGUGCUUCUUAAAGCGGUGGAAGGGCAAGCUUCUCCUUUGGCCCCCCCCAGAGCUUUAAGACAGGUUCAUCAUGAUCGUCUGAAGAAAGAGCUAUUUGAACUUGAUAAAGAUGCUCGUCUGCGAAGCGGUACUCGGGGAAUGGCUGCUCGAAAAGCCUUAACAGCUUUCGAGAAGAAGAUUGCUGAGUCUGCUGAAAGGUAGUUCGAAGCUUUCAAAUGAAUUAUCAAAACCCAAUAAUGACUUGAACAUCUAGACUUUCACAAAAAGACGAAGACAUCACAGACGCAGCUAUACAAGUAGAAACUGCUGAAGCGAGUGAUCUUCUGGUCGAUCUCCAAACACAAGUCGAGCCGUCAAGAAUAGCUGAUAUCGAAAGUAAGGCAAAAAGUAUCCUCACGGGUUUAGGUUUCCCAAAGACCAAUUUUGAUAAACCGAUUGGCACCCUCUCAGGAGGAUGGAGAAUGCGUACUAACCUAGCAAGUAUUCUCCUUCAACCAUCCGACAUCCUCAUUCUCGACGAGCCAACAAACUUCCUCGAUCUUUUGGGGAUUAUCUGGCUGGAAAAAUAUUUGAAGCAACUCCAUGACUCCCCAGAUCCACCUACUGUAGUUCUGGUCUCCCAUGACCGAGAUUUUAUCAAUGCGAUUUGCCAGGAACUGAUCGUUCUUCGUGAUCAAACUCUGACCUACUUCCGUGGUUCGCUAACAGCAUUCGACAAGUCCAUUCGCGAUAAACAGAAAUACCUGACACGGAUGCGGGAUGCUCAAGAGAAGCAGAAGUCACAUAUUCAAAAUACUAUCCAGCAGAAUAUCAAGCAAGGCAAAGCGGCUGGCGAUGACAAUAAGUUGAGACAAGCAAAGUCGAGACAAAAGAAAUUGGAUGAUAGGAUGGGUAUGCAGAAAAGUGCCAGCGGGGGACGAUUCAAGUUGAAUCGUGAUUUGGCUGGCUAUCAUUUGAGCGCGAGAGCAGAAAUUGAUAUUCCCGCUGAUGAGAAGGGUGUUUCUAUUGUGCUCCCAAUGGCUCCUGAUUUGAGGUUCCCUGGACCGCUAGUUUCGUUGGAGGGAGUUACUUUUAGAUACCCGACCGCGAAGGUAUACCACCAGAUUCCGUAGAAAACUUUAGAGACUCAAUUUCUGACAUUCCCAUCCCAGAAAGCUUCAACACCCGCACCGGCAGUACUUUCGGAUGUCAAUCUAACAAUCCAUAUGGGUGACAGAAUGGGGUUCGUCGGGUUGAACGGUGCUGGAAAAUCAACUCUCAUUAAACUCCUCACCGAAACCACAAGACCUACCAAGGGAACCAUCACCCGUCAUCCCCGUCUUCGCUUAGGAUACUACUCUCAACACGCUGUUGAAUCACUCCAACAACUAGGAAUCGCAGAUGAAGACCUCACGGCUCUUUCCCUCCUCACAAAUGAUAUCAACACCAACACCGACGCAGACGAAAAACUCGACGAAGGUGAAAUCCGCGGGUUACUAGGUAGUCUGGGCCUCCCAGGCCGUACAGCAAGUGACGUCCCCUUACGGAAACUGAGCGGCGGACAACUUGUUCGACUUGCCAUCGCAAGAUUGGUAUGGAAGAGUCCGCAGCUACUUGUUCUGGAUGAGAUUACGACGCAUUUGGAUUUUCAUACUGUGAGUGCUUUGGCGGAGGCGUUGAGUGGAUGGAAUGGAGCGGCUGUGGUGGUUAGUCAUGAUCGGUUCUUGGUGAGGAGGGUUGUGGAAGGGAUCAAAGAUUCGGAAAGGGGGGAUGAGGAUAGUGAGAGUGAGGGUGAGGAUGAGGAGGUGGAGUUGAGGAGGAGACUUGGUGAGGAGGGUUGUGGAAGGGAUCAAAGAUUCGGAAAGGGGGGAUGAGGAUAGUGAGAGUGAGGGUGAGGAUGAGGAGGUGGAGUUGAGGAGGAGGAGGGUGGUAUAUUUGUUGAAGGGGGGUGGGAUGAAGGUUUUACCGAGAGGAGUGGGGGAGUUUGAGGAGAGUUUGGAGAGGAGGGUUGAGAAGUUGCUGGUCUCUUGA